AUGGUGGAGAGUCAGUGCAACGCCUCGAUCGGGGAGGCGUUUAAUCUCAUGGACGUGUUUCUUGAGUGGAAGCUAACAUCGAAUAUUCAGGUGUUCACAUCGCUCCUGUCCAUCUACAUGCGCCGUCGUGAAGUAGGCAAUGCUGUUGCGCUCAUCGGUGCGAUGGAAGAGCAUGAUAUCGUUCCGGAUGUGAAGGCAUUCACGACUGUGGCGUUCAUUCAUGCAUCCCGCGGUGACUUGAAGGCUGUGGGAGACGUGUUACGAGACAUGGCGAGUCAAGGUGUUGCUACCGACAGGAUGUUCUUUGACUACGUCCUCAACGCACUGUACGGGUAUUGCGGUAUCGACAUUUGUUUCUUGCUCUUGCGUGAGCUGAGUGCAAACGAGCUGGCGAUUCCAGGCGGACUGUACGUCUUGCGAAUUGGUCUCGGCACCACGAUUGGUUUGAUUGAGCGCACGGUGCAGAUUGCGUACAACAUGGAGUGCGAAGGCUACCAUCUCUCAUCGAAGCAGUUGUACGCGUUGAUAAUGCGUUGUCACUCGGACGGCGAGAUUUCGGAGUUUGUGCGGACGUUUGUGCUGUUACACCGGGGCGUGCCGCCCCAGACUCCGCGCGUUGAGGUGGAAAUGUAUGAAAAUUUGAUAUCGAUGCUGACGCAAUUCAAUCGCAAAAACGAAGUUCCGAAAGUGCAGGAGCUGGCUAGAUCAGUGGGGUACACUGAUUUGAUUGUUUAA